CAUCAGUGCACUUAAUGAGCUCUUAAAUCGGAAUAAUCCCGGUGGCAAACAAGCAUGGGUAUUUGGAUGGCCAUUUUCAUCCUUGGCCUGGGCGCCCUGGCCGCAGCCCUGUGCCUGGUGGUAAUUGGUGUCGUGUACUCGGAGAUGAUGGACUGCCACAUUCCGGCCGGCGUCUGCGGCCGGGCCAAGCUGCACAUGGUUCACUGCCUCCUCAUCGGAGUGGCAGUCAUCGGCCGGAUCCUGGAUCGUCUGGGCCUGUGCCAACAGGUCCGCUUCACACGCUGGUGCACUGGCCUGCUCUUGGGCUGCCGGCGUCCGGUUCCAGAGGGGCUCCGCAUCAAGGACCUGACCUUCGCAGAGGUGCCGGUCCGGGUUUAUGAGCCAACCAUCUCCUGCUCAGGCAAGAGGAGAGGCCUGGUGUACUUCCACGGUGGAGGCUGGGUGUCUGGAAGUAUAGAUACCUAUGAGGAGGUGUGCAGGUUCAUCGCGCUGAAAAGUGAAACCACUGUUGUGUCUGUUGGCUACCGUUUGGCCCCCGAGCACACGUACCCCACCCAGCUGGACGACUGCGAGGCCGCCACCUGCCACUUCCUGUCCGUGGCCGCGGACGGUUACGGCGUGGACCCCGGGCGGGUGGCGCUGGGUGGCGACAGCGCCGGGGGCAACCUGGCGGCGGCCUUGUGCCAGCGCCUGGCCCGGCGACAGGAGGGGCAUCUGCUCGCCGCCCCCUGUGCCCAGGUGCUCAUUUACCCAGCGCUGCAGAUGGCCGAUUUCAACCUGCCGUCAUAUCAGCAGAAUCGCUCGGUGCCCAUUCUGCUGCGGGCGCGCGUGGCUUUCUACUUCCUGCAGUAUUUGUGCGGGGAGGCGUACGCCUGCCCGGAUCUGUUGGAGGGCCUGCACGUGCCCGCCGAGCUGAAAGUGCACUACGGGCGCUGGCUCGACCCUGCCGACCUGCCCGCGGGCGCCCAGGAGCGCAGCUUCAAGCGGCGAGUGGCGUCGCAGCACGACGGCGAGAUUUACCACCUCGUCAAAGACGGCCUGGGCCCAGAGGUGUCACCGUUGUUGGCGGACGAUGCCGCGCUGAGCGCCGUGCCACCGGCGUUUGUCCUCACCUGCGAGUACGACGUGUUGAGGGAUGACGGCAUCUUCUACAGCAGACGGUUGGAGCGCCUGGGCGUGCCAGUCACGUGGCACAAUGUGCCCGAUGGCUUUCAUGGGAUUAUCAACUUUUACAACAAGGGCUGGCUGUCCUUUGCCUCGGCAGAGGGCGUUUUAGGCAGAGUUGUUGAUUAUAUGAAAACUCUGUAGAGCACUGGGAGGUCUUCAGAGGUCUGAUUAAUGUGUGCUGAGGUUACUGUUUAAGUGUCACUUGAGUCAUGCUGCACAGUAAAUUCUGCAGUGCUCAUUUAACACUUAGAGAGUUUAUUUGACAUAAUUUGGACUUAAAUGAACUCUCUAAGUGUUGAAUUAACUCGAGUCAUGCUGGAAUGGAUAAAUGAGGCCAAAGAUUGAAGUUGAUAUGCACUGUGAGACACUAAGACCCUGUUGAUUGUGGAUUUAUUCUGUAGAGCAGUUAGAAUGUGUUUUAUGACAUGAGGCUAGAAUCACUAUGAAAGUCACCCGUGGUGAUAUACGGAGAGUUGAUGAUUUGUGAUUCUGAAGUCUGUGGUGGAAAAACCUCAAAUCGAUGUUUUAUUUAUAGUCUGAAAAAUGAAUCACUGGACUGUUUUUUAUUGCCAAUGCAACAUGACGCCAUAUACAAUGCCAUUUACUAGCUGUCAGAAUUCAAUUCAUUGAUGUUUUUAUUGUAAGUUUAUGGUAAACAUGGGGAAAGUACUUGAUGGAACUGACACAUACUUCAUUUUAUAUUAAACACAUCUAUCUCA